GUUUUGAUUCAUUAUGAACUGAAUAAAAUAACCGCAGGACGUCUUUGCUAUCGCUAGAUGUCACACCACUCUUGACGUAUGACGUGUCGAAGUGAGGGUGGUAUUUGAGAUCAUACAAGAAAUGGCUGAUGGAACGAAGGUGGUCGGAAGUGAAGUUCUCAUUGAGGCGCUUCAGAAUUUUGUCAAAGUCGGAAGAACACUGCUCGAGGAUGCAGAAAAAGACAUUGCACAAGGGUCUCUGCAAGACUUCGCGGCAAACCAAUUAAGAUCAUUGUUUGGAAUGAUGGCUGCAGGUGCCACCUUCUAUAAUAGCCUCUCUGUGAAGAAGAGAAGUGAAGCAGAAGACCUGUGGAAAACCUUUUAUCAAAGCCCAGGUGUACGGGAUGUCGUUGAAGACCUUUUGGAGCUGGAGGUUGAGUGGGAUUCCUUCCUGGAGCGGCUGGACUCCGGGUUGCAGAUGAGUGAUAAACUCCUGGCGUGUGCUUCUCCAGUGGAGACACUGAGUGCUGACAUAAAGCUCACAGAUGCCAGGAGUGGAGAAGAAGUGACUCUGGGUCGCUACUAUGGGAAAGCUGAAAGUGUCCUGCUUGUUUUGAUCCGACACUUCGGAUGACUACCAUGACGAGACCACGUGACUGAGCUCGAAGGCCAGAAGAGCCUUCUUGAAGCUCGGUCCGUUAGAGUGCUGGUGGUCUCGUUUGGAUGUUUGGAGGGGGCUCAGUUUUGGCUUCAGCAGACGGGGUGCACAUUCGAUAUGUUGCUCGACCCUCAGAGAGAGAUUUACAAAGCGUUUGGUCUGGGAAGUUCAUAUGCAAAAGUCAUGAAAUUCAACAAUAUGCUGCAGUAUUCAGAGUAUAUUGUACUCCAGCGAGCAUUCCCACAAGUUCCCCCGCAGUUUAUAGACGAUCUCUAUCAGUUGGGUGGAGACUUCGUCCUGGAUGAGGGAGGUAAAGUAAUCUUCUCUCACCCCAGCAAGAGUCCCACUGACAGGCCCACGGUUGGAGAUGUUCUGGCAGCCAACUCCUAAAGAAUCUCCUGAGGCACUUAAGUGAUGGAUAUGGUCCUUACAGAGGACAGUCUGACCAGCAUUGUGUAAAUGAUGACACAACCCAAAUUCAUAGAAUAUGAAGGGUUUUGUCUGAUGUCCGUUAACAAGACGGGUUAGACUAGUCCUUUUGACUCGGGCACAAUUUCUGAUCUUACAGGACCUUUGAGUUGAGUUUUUAUUAUUUGUGCUCUCCAAUCUACCACUUUUUGAUUACUUACAGUGAAGUUUGUUUGUUCUUUUUUUUACAUCAAGUAAUUCAUUAGAAUCUUGUCAUCAGCACAGAUAUGUGAUAUGAAGUAGCACAUUCAUUUUACUUGCUGGUAAUAAAGACAAAUCAAUACAGUG